AUGGCCGAGGAGCUGGUUUUGUUAGAUGCUUACAUAAGCAUGUUUGGCAUGAGGCUAAGAAUAGCACUUGCUGAAAAGGGGCUUCACUAUGAAUACAGAGAAGAGGAUUUGCGGAACAAAAGCCAAUUGCUUCUUGAAAUGAACCCAGUUCACAAGAAAGUCCCAGUUUUGAUUCACAACGGAAAACCAAUUUGUGAAUCCGCUAUAGCCCUUCAAUACAUUGAUGAAGUAUGGCAUGAUAAGAACCCAAUGUUGCCAUCUGAUCCUCUCAAGAGAGCUCAAUCCAGGUUCUGGGCUCACUUCAUUGACCAAAAGAUUCAACCAAUUGGGUGGAAAAUUUGGGCAGGUGCUGAGGGAGAAGAGAAAGAGGCAGCCAAAAAAGAAUUUGUUGAGGUCCUCAAAAUCUUAGAGGGGGAGCUUGGAGAUAAACCUUACUUUGAAGGGGAAAUGUUUGGAUUUGUAGAUGUCUCCUUGAUUCCUUUCUACAGCUGGUUUUCUACAUAUGAGACCUGUGGGAAUUUCAGUAUAGAGAAAGAGUGCCCCAAGCUUAUGGAAUGGACUAAAAGAUGCAUGCAAAGAGAUAGUGUUUGCAAGUCUCUUGCUGAACCUGAGAAAGUUUAUGAAUUUGUUUUGUCCAGGAGGAAGAAGUAUGGUUUGGAUUAA